GUCAGCGCGAAACCGCAAUCGGUCUCUCGAAGAUUAAGUACAAACGGUCUUAUAUGCUACUGCAUAAUGUAGAAUCGACGCUUUCUUAGUUGCGCGUUGCGAAUUAUAUGUAGUUGCUUAGUUAACCGAGUCAAAGGAAUCAUGCCGUGUCGCAAAACGUAUGAGAUUAACAAUCGGGAGCAAGGCGAGGCCGCUCAACGGGAUCAGUCGUACAGAAGCUGCCUCAUCGCCCUGCUCAUCUUCUUCUUCAUAUGCCUCAUCCUUAUCCUCGCCUGCGUACCCUGGAAAAUGCAGAACCGAAGAGGAUACAAGGAUUCACAUAUCGAACAUGAACCACAGCAUUAUCCUCAAGAACGCACAAAGGAGGCGACAAUCACGACAGUUACAUCAACGAUAGACAAAACAGUUCUAACAACUCGGAUAAUCCCAAAAACGGUAAUUACAUCCAUUGUGGAAAACAGAUCAACAGAAGAUACCAGUGUCAUUACUGAAGCCCCUUUGAAGAAAAAUGUUAAAGGAUCCCGUCAUUUCGAGCGCUUGAAAAGUAAGAUGAAUGUAACGGAAGUAAAGUCGCCUGCUUCUGUAUCUUCUCAAGAAGAUACUGAAGAAGACUACACCACGAAGGAGAUCCUAGAAAAUGUAACAUCUACAGAAGAGAGCAUCGGCUUGACUACAUUGCCACAUGACAUUGUGACCGAUGAUAAUGAUUCAAUAUCAUCAAAUGGACCAGUCGUUAGCACCACUGCGAAACACGCUACAAUUGUCGAUAUUAUGGAGGACGUUAUGACUUCAAAAUCCGCUAAGGAAUCUGCAAGCGAUACUACUGGUGGAUAUUCCAGCUUGGAUAAAUCAGAAGUCGAAUUCGUGACUAAUAAUGUUGCAACUCCAACAUUGUUAACGGAGAAUUCUACUGCAAAAUAUGAGAGAUUAAGAAUUGAUGUCGAUAAUGUCACAGUUUCCACAACGCCGGAUCUUCGGACUGAUCUUGCAGGAAGCACAAGUGCUAAAUAUUCCUCCGAUAAAAAUAAUUAUUCUGAGAAUUCGCAAUUCGAAGUAACGAGUGAUAUUAUUACUUCAACUCAAUCAGACCCUGAGGAAAAUAGAGAUACUGAAAAUUAUACAACAAAACACUUAAACUAUGAGGAAUCUACAGUCACAGAUCAGUAUAAUUCAAAAUUAAUUGAUGAGAUGGAACACUUAAAUUAUGAGGAAUCUACAGUCACGGAGUACAAUUCGACGUUAAUUAAUGAGACCGAAACGAGAGAGACCUCCCCUGCCACAACAAAUUAUACUCCACUCAUGGAUGAGAAGUUCUCUACAAAUGUUAAAAACAAAACUGAAGACAUAAUGAAUGAAACGAGUAUAAAGAGUAUAAAGAGUUCUACUACUGAAAAAUACAAUGAGACUUCUGAUAGAAUGGAGAAAUACAGCGUAUCUUCCAUAUACAAUUAUAUCAACACGAAUACUUCUGUUUCUUAUCACACAAUCAGCACCUUGCCAGUAAAUUACGAGACGAAUCUUGCGACCACGGCAAGGACCACACUUCCUAACGAGAACACGAGCGUUUGCGAGACAGGACACUGCAAGCAGAUUGCCAGCAGGAUGCUGUCCUACAUGAAUCACUCGGCCGAUCCUUGCGACGAUUUCUACGAGUACGCUUGUGGUGGUUUUGAAGCAAACCCACAGCUGAUAGACGGAGAUCUAGUUCGGAGAGCUAGGAAUUACCAACGAAUCACCAGUCAGAUGUUAAAAGAGAAACGCGAGUCGAACGUGAAUUCGACUUUCGCGACGUAUUACGACAGCUGUGUGCAAUACGAAAGAAAUAUGAAUUUCAGUGAAAGAAUAAGAAUGGCAAAUGACGCAUUAAAAAAUGUAGGAGAAUUCUAUAUAUCUGACACGUGGCCUGAUAAAUACGCAAGCUUCACCAAUUUAAUCGCCCAAUUAAUAUUACAUCACAGCGCUCUUUUAUUUGACGUCGUGCCAGAAUUGGAUGAAUAUCGUCCGAACAGUUUCACGUUAAAGAUAGGUCCUACGACAUAUGAGAGUCCUUUCAAAGCGGAAUACGUGGAGGAUCCGUGCUUCAAGGACACGUUCGAGACGAAAGGACAGCACGUGGAUCUCGAAAUUUUGUACAAUAAUUAUAAAAAAUGCAAGAAUGAUACGAGCGAAUUUAUGAGAUCUAUUAGGAAAGCGCUGACUGAGCUUAAUGUUUUUAAGAAUUUAAAUGACAGCUACUUAGAAUGGAAAUAUAAUGAAAAUGUACAAUCCGAAUACAUAGAAAAAACUAUUCACGUGAUCGAUUCCGUUCUAAUGCAAGAGUACUUUUCGAAUUUUCCGUCCAAGAGUGAAAUACGAGAAACAUAUUUGAUGAACAAUUACAGCAAAGUCAGUUUGGAAGAGUUGCAAAACAGCGGCUCUCUCAUAAAUUGGGCGCUAUUAAUUCACUCAUUAACAGAUAUGAGCAUGAUGACUAACGAGAGUGUUCAAGUUUAUUUCCAUGCCGCAUUGACUGAAGGUUUACGCAAACUAGAAGAAUAUGCUAAAAAGGAUAGUAUAGGUCUCAACAAUGCGAUAAUGGCAUUAUACGCGCACAAGCUUUAUCACGAGCUGGUCUUGCCGAAACACGAUAAUGUGAAGGAUCAUUGUCUGCACGUGGCUACCUAUCUUUUACAGCUGGAAGCGUCCAGUUUGUACAUAUCGUCAUUUACCGAUCACGAAAUAAUACAAAUGAAUAGAAUGAUGGAAAAGACAUUCGACGAGUUGAAACAAGUGUUAUCGAUUAAAACGCAAAAAGCGCUAUGGGCGAAAAAGGAAGGACGAGAAGAAUUGUUAAAAAAGAUCAACAGCCUGAAGCUCGUACUACCUGUUGCUUCCUAUUUCAAAGACAGAGACUCGCUAUAUAGCGUAUAUAAUGUAUCAGAGAAACGUCUGACGGAUAAUUACUUUGAAAACUCGAUGAUUCUACUAAAAAGAUACAGAGUUCUAAUGUACAUCGAAUUAAGACGACAAGUUGGCGAUCCAAAGCAAAUUUGGACGUAUUACGCUACACCAUUCCAGUCGAAGGCUCGAGUAAUCUACACUCAAAAUCUUAUCGUCAUUCCUUACGGUAUCAUCGAUUGGUCCUUAAUAAACGACGAAUUAUCUUUCAAUUAUCUUCUGCUGGCAACGCUUGGGAAUUUAAUAGCUCAUCAGAUCGCCCAUCAUUUCGAUACAAACGGUAUACACUACUGGAACCAAACCAGGAAUACUCAGGAUUCCCUGAUGUACGAGAAUGUAUUCACAGACACUAAUUUCGAUGAUUACAUCAACUGCCAAAAGGAGAACCUGUACCAAGGACUUAUGAACAUAACUUUACCCUUCACUGAGCAAACAGUGUCCUUUAGGAUCCCGCGGUUGACCUUGAACGAGCGGUUGUCUGAAAUUAUGGGACUCAGACUAGCCUAUGAUACUUUGGCUCUCGCGAGGUCGGACGCGAAGAGACUACCGUGGAUACAACUCCGCACCGACCAAUUAUUCUACCUCGCCUACGCUCAGACGCGUUGCACGAAGACGCCGCUCGCAUCGUCGUACGUCUCCGUGCACGAGAGCGAGGACCUGCCGAGCCGGAUCCGCGUGUUCGUCGCCGCGUCGAACGACAAGCUCCUCGCCGAGGCGUGGAACUGCCCGCUCGGCUCGCAGAUCGCGCCCAACGACGUUUGCAGCGUGUUCCCGUACAUAGAGACCAAGGAGACCGCGAUGCUCCCGGAGUGAGGGGGGGGGGAGGGGGGAAGGAGGAGGGAUUGUUCGCGGAAAAUACGAACUGAACGGGCACACCCGCGGACGUUGCGAUCCAGCAGACGAGCCGGUCGGCCCGGGCGAAGUCGUCCGCGAAGCGGGCUACUCGAAACGGGACACGGAAACAAAACUCGGAUUCGUCUAUAUCCGUGCGAGAUGUUCGCGUAUAAACGUCUUCGAUAUGCAGUUUUGAAAUCGAAAUUGGAAACAC